AUGUUGCAAAAGUUGUGUGAGACGAACAAAUCAGCUGUGUUUGAUAACUUUACUUGUAAGGAUCUGGAAAAGCCACCAUUGGCCUCGACACCUGCACUAAGUGCAGAAGAUCGUCCAUCCCCCGGACCCGAAGAUGGGAAUCAGGGUAACGAUUCACAAGAGGCGGAGGCGACGAACGGUAAUCAUGGUGAGGCUGCAUCACAUGCGGCACAUUCCUCUGCAGGUGGGACUACAACAGAAAGCCAAACUCAAGAGUCUACUGCCGCAACGGAAUCAGAAGAAACCACUUCCACUACCACCACCAACACAACAACAACAACACUUCCUUCUGUACCCAACACAGAGAUCAGCAGCACCAUCGCCUCUAAUAUGCAGAACAAGGCUAAUGCUGAUAGCAGUGUCAGUCCUGUGUGGAUGGGCACUGCAGCACCGCUGCUGAUUGUGGCUGUCUUGUUCUCCGCUACUGUGUACUGA